AUGUCGAAUAGGUCUGGAAAGAAGGUGGAUUUCAAUGUUGCCGAUUCCGGAUCAGCAAGCACCAAUAGUAGGAUUGUUGUUCGAUGCGAGCACAACGUCCCAUGUGUUCUUAAAACUUCGGGUACUUAUACGAACCCAGGGCGGCAGUUCUACGGUUGUCCUUAUUGGAAGGAUAGGAAAAAAACUUGUCGAUUUUUUCAGUGGGUGGAAUCAAACGAUGAUGAAACUGGCUCAUGGACUAAUGAAAUGGGUUCUAUUAAGAAUCUGGAAGAGAGUCUGAUGCUAGCAGAAAGGAAGGCAGAGAAGAUGAAGAAGGAAAAUGAAUGCUUGGCUGAAGAACUAAGCAGAUUGAUGCUUGCUCAUGAGGUUAUGGCGAUUCGUGUUAAGCGAUUGGAUGAUGAUGUCCGUAUUAUUCGAUAUAUGUUGAUUGGUGCUGUAUUUAUGAAUGCUAUAUUGGUUGUUGUUCUUUGGAGGCCAGAAUCUGGUAUGUAG